UCAGAAACCUGAGAAGUAGGGGGCGCAGCAAAAACAAAAUAAGACAUUAUUUUCAAACAUUUGCGUUGCCGCCGACGGCCGCAUCUCCUGGCCUCCGUAUAGGCAGGAAGGCAUGAUUCCGUCGCACUGGCAUCCCUGAAAACGCUGGCGUUGAUUGGGCAAUACAAAUGUCUAGUCAUUCGGUGAGUCCCCAGUGCUCUCACUGACAUUCGCACUGUAGUUCAAUGGAGGAACGGCCCAACGAAGGGACGCUCGGGAGAUAUUCUAAUCAUGGAGAAGCGGAAAGCAACCCUGAUCGAUUGAACAAAUUGGUGAAUAAUGAUCAGUGCCACUGCCAGCACCAGGACGAGGAAACGUCGACGAAGAAAACUGGUUAUGGAAAAGUAAACGGAGUUACUAGGGAGGGAGAGGAGAUUGCCACUGCCUUGAAUCCAGACAGCAUCCAUACACACAGUGGCCAUGACGACAGACGCCCCUUAGAAUACCCCCUGAAAUCCAGACCUUCCUCAAAGACGGCUGCUUUCCACGGGGCAGUGGAACGUAGAGGAGGAGAAGGCUGCAGCACUGGUGACUCUAAAAGCAACAUGGACUGCCCGAAUGAUCGCCCACCUGACCUUAAGACACUGGAGGGUAAGAAGGAGGCUCUAGUGUCACUCAAUGGCAUCGUGGCCUCUGGUGCUAGUUCUAGCCCACUCUCCAAUGGUUAUCCUGGGAAGCCAGGGACGCUGACGGACAACGACGGCAGCGGAUCCGAGAACGGCUACACUACACCUAAGAAGCGUCGGACCGGUCAGCGCAGUGCGAAAGCUGUGGCUGGGGACAUUGUGAUUGUGGCGCAGACUGCAAAGGCCAUGCAUUCAGUGCCUGCAGGCAAGCAGCAGCUGGAGCCGCCUCUGUCUGCCGAGCCCGCCGACAAACACGCAUCCUCGGGGGUGCACGGCAACGGUAGGAUUCGAGAAGCACCAGUCGCCCCCUCCGCUCCUGCCCUUCCCCCUGGCGAGUUUCCGCGGAAGAACUCGGAAGGCAAGGCGGCUGGUAAAAAAUUUGAGGAGCGACCCGUCAAAGCCAAGGCGGCCACAGCUGCCGCUUCUGCUGCGGCUAAAGACGACUCGUGGACACUGUUCAAGCCACCGCCCGUCUUUCCCGUGGACAACAGCAGCGCUAAGAUAGUGCCUAAGAUUAGUUAUGCAAGCAAAGUGAAGGAGAACCUCAACAGGGCCACAGCCCAAGCAUGUUCAGCAGCUGAAAGGGACCCACUCCUUCUGCCUGCCACCCCGCAGAUGCCAGGCAAACUCUCGCAGGUGCCCAUGUCUGCUGUGAAGACCAUCACCUCGACCAGCUUUACCAAUGGGCCUCUACCCUCAGCAGAGGGCGGCAACAAUGGCUGCCCCUUGCCUGGUGCUCCCUUUAACACCCCAGCUGCUUCUGGUACUGCGUCUGUGCUGGUCUCCCCCAUCCAGGGAGGUGAGAAUGUAGCAUCCCCCCUGUCCUCGUCUGCCAUCCCCGGCAUGGGCGGUACGCCUGUGGUGCCGGAGCCCCGGAAGCCCAGCCUGUUUGUUUACCCGCAUGCGCCCGGACCCCUGUCUAAUAUGCAACUGUCGCUCCCCAGCGGCCGCCAAGCUGACCCGCCAACCCCAUCCUCCUCCUCCGUUGCGGCUACGUCUACGUCUAACCCUGGCUCCACUGCGCCAGCUCACCAGAAGUCACUUGGGGAGAUCUUUCAGAAUCAGUGGGGGCUGUCUUUCAUCAACGAGCCCAGUGCUGGACCUGACAGCGGGAGCAGCACUGGUGGUGGAGACGCUGUCAGCCGGACAGAGGGUAGGGGCAGGCCCACGGUGGUGACCUUCCAGGGCGGAUUCCCCUCUGGUCCUCUGCCUCCACAGGGCUCCACCACUUCGUCCCAGAGACAGGAGCACCCCCCUUUCCCCAAGGCCUAUGAGCUGGACAAGCGAACUAGCCCCCUCUCCUCCAGCAGAGUGGUCAACCUCCGCUCCUCUCCUGGGCCUCUGGCUCAGGAGGGAGGCUUGCUGCAGACCCCUUCCCUUCCCUCUGGAGCCCCUAAAGAUGAGCCCAGGAACCUCAGUGCAAUAGUGUUCAGCUCUUCCUCUGCUAAGGACCUCGGGGUAGAUCUGCUUCAGGCUUCCCCAACAAACACUGCCCCUGUGCUGGCCGUGGCCAGAGAGCAGGGCCAUACUAAGGGCUUUGAGAGGAGAUCUAGCUGGGGGAUGUUUGAUUUAAAAGCUGCUGUAAUUUAUCACACUAAAGAAAUGGAAUAUAUUCUGAAUUUACAAAAACAAGAUCCAAAAAGAAUCGUCCUCUACAGAGACACAAAGGACGGACCCAAACAGUGAAGUGACAACCUGGAUAACACUAAAACGUCUUCAGCUGGGACACUGCUGCUGCUAGCAGAAAAGAAAUGAGAAAAAAAAAAAAAAAAAACCCAUCAACAACAAAGUGGAGUACAUGCUGUGUGAAAGGGACAUGGAUACUCUUGCUAAACAAAAACAUUGUUGAUUUUGAGUUGAAUCUUUAGAGUGGGAUGGAGAAGCUGUGUGGGAAAGUUGUCCACGCAGACCGAUGUGUGGUUAGUCAGCAAUAGUGGGACGUGUGGGGAAAGUGGGGGAUUGUUGUGUGGGGAGACAGAGGGGAUAAGGAGGCAGUCUGAAGAAACUGCGAGACAAUCGGUGAAAUGGAUGACUUGAGUGGCACGGCUGUUCCUCCUUAUUCUCCUCAACAAAGCGUGAUGGAAGUGGUCAGAAAUGCUGUCUGUUCUCAGUGGAAGAAGCAGUCAAAUGAGACUGUGGAUGGUGUGUCCUUAAUUUCCAAAAAAAAAAAAAAAAAAAAAAAAAGUGCUCUGGACAACAGCAUACACACCUACACGCACACACACACCUACACGCACGCACACACUCACACACCUACACGCGCAUCAACACUUUCUGAACAAAGAAAUACCGUUGUUGUCAAGGCGCUCUGCUGAAGCCUCUGAGUUUCAUAAACUGGGGGGGAUGCUUCAGACUCCUCCUGUCACUGCAUCCUCGGAGGGAAAGUGGAGUUGCAGUCCUUUAGAUGCCUCUAUUUUUUUUUUUCUGUGCGAAUUCAGACCGUUCAGAAGACUCCUGAACUGUUCGGACGCGUCCUGGAAUUUGUGCAGACGUACAGACUGGGAGACGCGAGUGUCUCAAAUGACUGCCCUCAUGACUUCGAAUGGGAGGGGGAGAGAGAGCAAACACUGACGUCGGAGGGAAUAUGUGUCUUGCUUGAGAUUCAGGUUAAUCUGAGAAAACGGAUAGUUUAGAUGUCUUGGGAGACAACAAAUUACUCUAAGCCUUGUGGGCGCAAAUAAUUGUCUUAAUGUUAGUUUCUGACUAAGAUGGGGGUCCUACAUCUGUUGGUAAACACUUAACUGAAGUUUUUGUUUGUUUCGCUUUCUUUGUUUGUUAGCCUGCCUGUUCUUUUUUUGUCAUGGACAAGGAGAACAUUCUUAUGGAUAUCCAGAAAGCACGACAGAUCGAAGUCCAAAUCGGACCCCCACCCCCUCCCAGGUCUCCUUCGUGGGCAAGCACAGUGUGUCGCCGUCAUUUUCCCAUUGGAAAGAUCUCAAAGUGCUAUUGUUUCAGUUGUCUUAUCAAUGGCUCUCUGAUACCACCAGACAGAUGUUCCUGCCGCACAAGAUGUCGCUGUGGUAACGGUGACAAAGCCUAUGCUGUUUUAUUUGCGUUUUUUUCCUUGUCUAUGUGGGAUUCUGUUGACAUUUUAUGGACUGUUUGCUUCUCUGAAAUCAGAAUCAACUUGAUGCUGUGUCGUAUGUUCAGAAUUUUGUUUACCCAGAUGCUCAGAAAGGUGUAUUUCCUACGUUUUUAUGUUAGGCUGUUUUAUGUUUUUGUAUGUCUCUCAUUAUCUGCAGAAUUGAUUUGAUUCUUUCCUGGUCUUAUAGAGCUGCUGCGUAGACUCAGUUGCUUCAAUAUUUUUGUUUUCUCCAAGUAAUUUUGCACAGAAAGAGCAGCAGCAACUACUGUUGAGUUUAGGGAGGCUUAGAGCAUUAGAUCGGGAGCUACUCUUUCAAAAGCCUGAAGUUGAGGAGUUGAUGAGUGACUGGCUGUAUGUAUGGGGAAAGGAGUUUCUUCGGAAGCCUUAGUUCCUGUGUUCAGCCUGCUGCUGGGGUGUUUUAUCACAGUAGACAGACAGGACUUUAUUUUUGUCACCCAUCUUUUGAUUGGCCUUUGUAUACUCGGUUGACUGUGUGCUCCUCCCCCUUUCCUCUGCUGUCCUCGUAGGAUAGGUUAAUGUUCAAAGGUCUUCCCUCUUGGUAAAAGAAGAGAGAAAAAAAUCAAUUCAGUGUUUCUCAGUUAAGUAAUAUCAAAGAAUGAAUACUAAAACCUUUUCUCUAUCUUUCUCUCCCUCCCUUACCCAUUAAGUUAAUUGAUUAUAAGAAAUUAUUAGCACUUUAUCUCAUUUUUAACUUCUGUUGCCGUUUUAAAAUAGACAUAUCACUACGUGAUGGAAACAGUUCUAGAGAGUAAAAUAUACUAACUUAACAGUAGCCUCUGGCUGGCUGUGCUUUAAAGCAUAUAAACAUUAAAAAGAAGUCACUCAGGUAGGCUUAGGAUGUUAUUGUAAUUUAACUUAAAUUUACCACCAGUGUUAUUGCCCAAACUGAAAACAAUAUUGACAGCGCCUCUCUUUUACUGUGUCUUCUUCCUUGUCUUCAACUGCAACUGCUUGAGGCCAAGCUCUCGCAUUAUUUGGAAUUUGAGGGGUGAAACUUGGUGUAGUCCUCUCUCUUUGUGCUUUGGUCCCAGCUUUACAUUGCUAUGUUGGGAGAGAAGAAACAUGGGCUGUUUUUCAACUUUUUGUUUUUAAUGGUGUCAUGAUGUUUGUCUUGGUAAUGUCUGAACAAGUGGGAUGAAGAGGUGAAUUGAAGCCUGAUUAAUCCAUACUAUUUUAGCUGUUAAAUGCGGUUAUAAUGGCCUCUCACCAACACUGUGUUGACCUCCCCACUUAUUGACCCUUGUCCCUCAGCCUCCCCUGAUGACCCACCUGACCUUUGUUGACACACAGGAUUGGUCGGAUCAUGUGUGUAUUUUGUGUUGGGCAUGCUGCUCUCAGACAAGGGUGUAGCCUUACCUCAACUAUAUGAGUUUAGGAGUUUUAAUUUGUAUCCACAUAUUUCUAUUACUGGUUUCACACAUUUGAAUAACAGUUAUGUCUUUAGUGUUAUAAGCUUAUGUGAAGCUGUUCUAAACUUGCAGUCUUUGUUCAAGUUUGACUUGCAUCCAGGAAGGAGGCCCUUGUCAGUUUUCAGUCAUGCACCACAUGAUCUAGUCUGUUUUUCUGUUUCCAGGGAGUUCAUAAAUAGUUAACUGCUGUUACUUUUUUUUUUUUCCUGAUGCGCUGUUGUAGGCUAUCUAAUUUUCAGACAAAGGGAUUUCAACCUGUAUCUUAUCAUGUCACAUUUUCCCCAUCAAAACACACUAUUUUAAGUAGCAUGACAUUGCAAUUCUUGGUUUUAUUUAAUGCUUUUGUUUUUUCAUUUUUGUUAUAACUUCAGCUUUUUCCUCAUUUUAAACUGAAAACUAACGUCCAAAGAGCUGUUCCAUGCUGUGUAGAGAAGGCACUUGUUGAGUUCUUCUCGAUUUUUGUUUUGUUUUCUUCUUUUGAAACUUAGCGGUUGUUUAAAAUGUAAACCUGUCUCAACAGUUUCUGUGAAAGCAGGAAUCGACUCAUUGGUUGUAGUGUUAAUUUACUUUGUGCAAGGUUCUAUCAGAUAUGACUACGUUCUCCUAGAACCAUGCAGAAUGGGACUGUUGUCUCCUUAAUGUUCUUUCUUUUUGUUGUUGUAAAAAACAAUGGACCUGAGGACAGUAAUAACAGCUGACAGUAUGGACUUGCACCUCAAAAAAAAAAAAAAAAAAAAAAUUGUCUGUCACAAAAGACUCUAAUUUUGUGCAUACCUAUAUGCGAAAAAACCUCUGCCUGUCCCACAUGCCCUUUAUAUGUACGUCACUUUAGAACUAAAUGAGUGGGGACUCUGGACCUCUUGAGAUUUGUGGUUCCAUGAGGGGGCCUUUCUAUUGUGUGCCCAGACACAUUCUUUGUGCACAGAGCAGUUUACAAUCAAAGAAUUGGUGUUCAGAGAUGUGGCUGUGAUGUGUAGCCAUGCUUGAAGCGAAUAGGCCAGUAAGCAAAGACACUUAAAGGCCAGAUUUCUCAACAUGGUACGUACCACAGUUGUGUGUUUGAAAUUUGCCCAAAGUUGGUUGCUUGGGCAUCAUAGAUCGGAAAACCUAUCUUUCCCCAUCUUCCAGGCCAAAAAAGCAAAACAACUAAGAGCACUUGUUUGAUUAGUAUCAAUUGUGAACACUAAUCUGGUGACAUCACUUCCUCCUUUCAUCAUCUGGACUAGUGUAGUUUGCUGAGCUGUUGUGUCAUCAGAGAACAGGGGAGAGAAGGGGGCAUGGCUGGAAUUGGACUGGGAGCGUGGCUGACAAAAAUACUUGUUCAUCUGCAUUGAACUCCCGAAUCCUAACAUGCCUCACCCAGACAUUUUCUCCAUCCUGUUCUAGGAUUAAACUCCUGGUCUUGGUUUCUGUUUGGCUGGGGUCUUCAGCUCUAUGAGUGAAUAAAUGAGUGUGUAUGUGUGUGUGUGUGUGUGUGUUUGUCUCUGUGUUAGUGAGGGCGAGAGUCUUCAUUCUUGCCCACAAUGAUAUGCAAAGUGUAAUGUUUGAGAAUUGUCGAAAAAGGAAAAACAAGAUUUAAAAAAAUAUUCAGGGUGCCUGUGCUGAAAAGAAAUUUGAAAUGGGAAUCACUUGAUAAUCAUCCAAACAUGUAUGAAUAACUUUCUUGCAUUUUUUCCUUUAUCUCCCCACUCUUAAAUUUUGUGCCAUGUUUUGACUGUUAAAACGUUUUGAUUAAAAAUGUCAUCUUCG